AUGUACUUGGGGAGUCUCAUUGACCGAACAAAAAUACCAACCAACAAUAUUUUGUAUAAAACUUCAUUUGAGAAGAUAUGGUAUCAACAUGGCAGAAAAAAAUUUGUGUGUCAUAUUAAUUACAUUGUAAAUGAUAAAAAAUAUCAGCCGUACUCUGUGCCGUACGAAAAUUAUAUUAAAAACCCCGAGGACACCAAAAAAUCCUAUCUAGUAAGUUCGUUGAAUCUUGAUGCAAUCACAAAAGAAAAUCCAUCGAUUGAAGAUUUAUCCGUGAUUGUAACUUUAGGCAUAAUAAUACAUACUCAUGAAAAAUCAUGUACCUUAACGCCUUUAAAAUGCAAACCACAAUUAACAUUAUUAAAUGAUAUUGAACGAGUUUUCAAUCAAAAAGAGUUAACAGAUGUUACUCUGGUAGUUAACGGUAAAGAUUUGUAUGCCCAUAAAGUUAUAUUAGCUGCAAGGAGCCCAGUUUUUUUGGCAAUGUUUAAAAAUAAUUCAAUUGAAAAAUUGCAAAAUAGAGUAGAAAUCACUGAUUCUAAUGUUGAUGUAAUUGAUGAAAUGUUGUACUUUAUGUACACUGGAAAAACUCAUGAGGAUGAAACUUUAGUAAGGGGUCUGCUGAUUGCAGCAGAUAAGUAUGAUAUACCAGAAUUGAAAGAUAUUUGUGUUCAGUGUUUAUUUGAUAACAUCAACGUCACAAAUGCGUUGGAAAUUUUAAUUCUUGCUGAUCGACACAGUUGUCCAGAAUUGAAAAAAAAAACUUGUGAGUUCAUAGUUAUGUACAAAGAUAAUAUAAUUAAUUCAGCAGAAUAUACAGAACUGAAAAAUUCACAUCCCAAUUUAAUGAUUGAUUUAUUUUAUAACAUUACUGCUACUGAAAAGCCUUAG